AUGGUGAACAAGUCCAGAGACGGCCUCGCCUGCCCCUCCCUACGGGGACUAGACCCUGCCAAGCUUGCUCGGGAUCUAGUGUCGAGAUCGGCAGCGUCCGUGGCAAGCGCUGGCGUCAAAGGAGGCGGGAUCUCUGUGGCAACUGUAGAUGAAGUGUUCGCGCUCAUUCAGCUGGGACUCGAUGACAGGCAACCAACACCAGCAACAGUGGAGGCCGGAAUCACCAACAACUCGCCGGAAGCAGAAACGGCGUUCCGGUCAGCCCUUGCUCCGGGAGCGCUUGGCCUAGUGCCCAAGCUUGCCGCGGCGUUGCAACACCGGGAUAGAAACUUGGCCGCUGAUAGUUGUGACGGCGGUGGCGGUGGUGCCGAAAGCGCCGCGCGCGAACAAGAGCAGCAUCCGGUGUCGCGAAGCGGACGGGGGCAAAGGGACGCUGUGGUGCUUGCGGCCGGACACUUAACAGCAAUGGAGCAGCUCGUGACUCGACAAAACAACACGCCCGCGCUCCUGAUGGCGCACAACGCCCUCUCCAAGCUGCUCAAGAACAACUGGCCGUGGCUCGUGGGAGGCGUCGUGGACGCGCCUCGGCUGCUGUCGCGGCUGUGCGAGAUCUAUCGCGACGGGCUCGGUCAGCUUGAUAUUGCGUUGGCACAAGCGGACGCUAAGAACGCGGCAUCCAGCGAAGAACCUCGUAGCGGGAACAGGUCUGCUGGAGGAGGAGCAGGAGACACAGCGCACCUCAAGAAGUUCGGGAAGCUGCUGGCCACCUUCGGCACGCGGAUGGCGUGCUUGCUGCGGCACCUGGGUCCGGAGUGUCGGCCUCGGAAGAGGCGGGAAGCGUUCAGGCUGUACGCGAAGGCCACCGCCUCUGUGUACCCGGGCCUGCUCGCUUCGCUCCGCGCGCGGGACGUUGUCGGUGACGACGCUACUACUACUGGGGGGGUCGCAGGCUGCAUCAUCUACCCGAAAGCAGUGGAGGCGUUUUUGUCCACCACCGACGAGCCACCCUGCUGUCAGAGCGGUGUGUCGGCAAUAGGGCACGGCGAAAACGCGUCGCGUAGUCCGCCAACGAACAGCAGGAAGGCCAGCCCUUUGGUUGACGCGGGGGGAUCGAGUUGUGCCGCAUUCUCUUCUGCGGGGAGAGUAGCCGAGCGAGAACGAAACCUUCGGCGAUCAUGCCGCUGCUACGAAGGGGCGACGACCGGACCGCUCUCGGGGCAGAGGCACGACCCAUGGGAAGCUCUGGAAGCGCUGCGCCCGCCGAAUCGACCACCGCUGAUUACGGAUCCAACGCGCACCAGCAGCCGCAGCAGUGACUCAAGUACCGCCACGGAUGAUAGCCGCGACGCCGCUCACGACCUGCAGUCGUCGCCCGCGGUGGACCCGCUGGGGGCGGUCUUGCUGCUGUGCGAGUUUCUGCGACGGGGGUACGGUGCCGCGCCGGCGGCAGGAGGAGCCCGGGGGCCCCGUCGUGAGACGUGCUGCGCCUGGGUGCUAGACCACCUGGCGGCGCUGUUUCCCGGCUGGGUGGAUUCUGCCGCCGGCGGCGGCGGGCAAGGAGGAGCGUCCGCCGCUCUUGCGGGAGAGGUUUCCGCCACGUUGGGGGUGGUUGUGUGCCGCCGGGCAAUGGACGGGGAGUUCCAAGAGGCGCAGGUGCAGCUUAUCGAGGGCUGCUCGUGUCACCCGCACCCCGUCUGCCGCGAGGUGUGGGUAGGCGCCCUGAAAGGGAAAACCGAUGCAGGAUGGAAGGAGUGCGACCCCGCCGCCCAGGAAGUCUGCAUCCAGAGCCUAGCCAACGCGGCGCUGGACCCGCGAGUCUCUCCCCGUUGCCGCCGUCGCCUCGGCCGCGCUCUCGCCGCCGUCUGCGUCGCCACGACCACCGGUGCUCCGCCGACCGACAGCGGCAGCCCCGCUGGCGGCCCUACCGCCUCCGCCGCCGCUCCCCUGCUCCUCCCCCGCGCCCGUGCCGGCCUCUUCCAAGCCUGCCUGUCUCGGCUACGUGGAGAACAGCUAGACGGGGAUAGCAGCGGCGACAGUAGCAUUAGGGCAAGCGGCGGCGGCGGCGGCGGCGGCGGAGGCAGUGGCGGCGGUGCGUGCGCCCUGGAUCUCCUCCGGGCGCUGCCUUCGUGCAGAUCGUUUUCUGGGGUACACGGAGGCAGCGAGGAUGACAAAGAGCUAGCUGUCGCAAGCGUCUCCUUUGCUAGGACGUCGGCGACGACGGCCGACUUGCUUCGCAGCGAGGCAGCAAGAGGAGUCGGGGGGGAGCCCUCGCCCGGUAGCAGCCUCCGGCAACGGGAGGAAGAAGAAAACUUGGUAGCGGGAGCGAGGUUCCUGGCGGCACGCCCGCAGCAAGAGGUCGACACGGGCCGAGGAGGGGCAAGGGUGUGUGUGGAUGCGGCCGCGCGAGAGGUGGCGGGAGAGCUGGGAGGCCUCCUUGCGUCAUCGGGGCUGUCUGGGGCACUGUCGGAGCGGGCCCUCUCGGCCAUCACUAGGCGAGCGCGUGUUCUCCCACGGGUUGCGUAG